GAGCUGUGCAGCGCGUGCGUGCGUGCAGACGCGACCUGCCUUCAGUAGAGAGAAGCCGAGCGAGAACGUCAAUGAAUGAUACUUUUGUGACAAAGUCUGGACGCUAAAUUACGCUAUGCAUUGGAUGUGACACUGUGAUUGGUGAUAUAUGGAAGGUCGGCACGGAUUAUUUUCACACUCGUGAUGGGGAACGGAGUAUCAGAGCAUCCAAACUUUCUCUCCAGUCUUCCCUUCUGUAAUUCUCUACACAUCGCUAUUCUGGGCCUGGACUCUGCAGGCAAAACUACCGUGUUGUAUCGUCUGCAGUUCAAUGAGUUUGUCAACACUGUCCCCACCAAAGGUUUCAAUGCAGAGAAAGUCAAAGUACCUUUCGGAGACUCGCGGUCAGUAACGUUUCACUUCUGGGACGUUGGAGGCCAGGAGAAACUGCGUCCUCUGUGGAAGUCCUACACUAGGGGCACGGAUGGCAUCGUGUUUGUUGUGGACUCUCUGGACGGGGAGAGAAUGGAAGAGGCUAAAACUGAACUUUACAAAAUUGCACGUUGCUCUGAGAAUCAAGGCGUGCCUGUGUUGAUUAUCGCUAACAAGCAGGACAUGAGACAGGCUCUGUCGCUUUCACAGAUAGAGACCAUGCUGGCGUUAAAAGAACUGGGACCCGCCACUCCGUGGCACCUGCAGCCCACUUGCGCCAUCAUUGGUGAAGGUCUACGAGAAGGACUAGAAAGACUUUAUGACAUGAUCUUGAAAAGAAGGAAGAUGCUUAAACAGCAGAAGAGAAAAUAAGUGGGUUAUAUGGAGGAAAACCAAGCGAAAGUCAUUUUGUUAUGUGCCAAAAAAGUUGGUUAGAGCUGACAAGCACUUUAGUUGUUCAGUUUCUUGUUGUUUACUACUAUAGUUGUUUAUUAUCUGUCUUAGACAUUAUGUAAACUUAAUAUAAAGCUUAAUAGUUUGUGUUUUGCAACACUAAAUGAUGAUUCUUUUUGGAGGUUUUAUUUGAAAUAAAAAGGCCUUCUGUUUUGUCCAAACUUCGACUUGUGAAACUUGCGCCUGCCAUUUUCAUUUGUUUUUUGACAACCAUUGGAAUGUAGUUUGGAUAUUUUGAGGGCAUAAACAUUACUUAUUGGGUUGUUAAUUGCACAAAUUACAAUUGUUUUCUUGAACACCCACUAUUGUAAUUGGUUAACCCAAACACAUUUGGUUUAAUCAAUGUAUAAGUAUAAAUUUAAGAAUGGCCUCAUACGCUUUAACUUUUCCUAAUGAAAGCUUGAGUACUUGGUGCCUUGCACUGCCACAUUCUUCUCUGGGUUAGUAAAGUAUCCUACAGGACCAUAGACCCUCUGUCUUCUGUAAUCAGAUAAGAACUCUUAUCUAGCAUGUGUCAACCUUUGCAAACAUAUAUGAAAAGAAACCUGACUGAACUGGAUUUGUGGGACUGAUUCAGGGAUUCGGCUGCUGUAUAUCACACGCUCCUCUAAAUUCCAGUCUGCCCCAUAAAUUGAGACUGGGACUCUUCACGCUCAUGCCAGUAAUCCUGAGCUGGGAUGAUGACAUACUGGAAAAAAUCUGCAGCUCGGUUUCCUUUCCCACACUUUCGCAGAACUGAUUCGGGUCAAUGUCACACCUGCGUGUUUUGAAAAUGACUUGAUUUUCCUUUACAGUGAGAAUGUAUACGGUUUGUAUUAAUUCACACAAUUUAUGAAUGUCAUUGCAUGGAAAAUCAUAUUAUUGUGUCCGUAAUGAUUCUCGCCUAAACUUUUCUUGGCCAGUUUUGCAAUAACCUAAAAUCAUCUAGUCUUGAUGUGAUAUUUCCUAAAUCCUUUACAUCAACUAAUGUUACAUA